GGACAGAGCUGAUCCACAGCCUGGCAGAGCAGGAACAUCCUCCCAGCUGGCCAGGAGAUGCUGGCCACCCUCACCCUCCUCCUGGGGCUGCCCCUGGCCCUCGCCACCGAGCCCCCCACCUGCGCCCCACUCGUCCCGAUCACCUUCGACAACACCACCGUCCCCAGGCUCCUGGGACAAUGGUUCUACAUCGGCGGUGCCUCCAGGUACCCCCCUCACCUGGCAGAGUUAAAAGCAGUGACAUUCGCCGCUUUUUCCUUCUUCCCUGGCAGCAGUGAGGACGAGCUCAACAUCACCGAAAUCAUGAGACUGAACGGGACGUGUGUGGUGAGGAACAGCAAGCUCCAGGUCUUGCAGCAGAACUCCACCGUGGUGCACGUUGAUGAUAACCAGGUGGCUUCCAUGGCCACACUGAUCCAAAGCGACAAGGACUUGCUGAUCCUGAACGAAAUCAACAUUGACUCGCCAACUCUGAGCCUCUCAGCACGGACACCCAAUGUGAGCAAGGAACACAUGGAGGAGUUCAAAGCCCACCUGCACUGUCUGGGCUUCACUGAGGAGGACAUGUUCUACACUUCCAUAGAGGAUGCCUGUCCCCUGCCUGGGGAGAAAACAGAUGAAGGUGAUGCAGAUCCAUAGCUGGGGUAACCCCAUGGACCAGUUCAGCUGUUCCAUCCUCAUCCUACAGCCAGGCUCAGUGCAGCCUCAGGAGCUCCUAUCUAGGCUGUGUUUUUAUCUCAUGGGUUAAACACUCAGUUUCACUGUUCUCAUCUGGACCUAAAAUAAACCCCUGUGUUACAA